UCCCCCUUGCAAAACCUAGAAACUGAGACGAGAGGAGAGUCGUUUGCAGAAAACAGCGAAAUGGACAUGGCAGAGGUAGAAGCAAACCCUGGUUCUCCCAAACAAGAAGAAGAGAAAGAGAAAACUAAAGAAGGGUAUAAGUUAUUAGGUUCUCCAACAUUCAAAGAACUAGAGAAUGGACGUUUCAAAUGCUUAGAAACUGGACAUGAAUGUCUAUCUAAAGAUAAGGAAUCAUAUAGUAAUAGUAAGAGAUGUCGUUUAGGUCUUAUUGAGUCUUUUUUAUCUCUAAAGAAAUCUCCUCUUAAUAUGUUCAAACAAGAUCCCGCCAACAAGUCAAAGUUAAUUUGUAAGCUAACAGGAGUUACUGUGAACAAAUCUGAAGAACACAUUUGGAAGCAUAUCUAUGGGAGAAAAUUUCUUAAUAAAUUAGAGGAAAAGGAAAAGGAAACUGGAAAGGUGCCGUCUAAUGGGGUUAAAGAAAAGGAGGAUGAGGAAGAAGUAGAAGCAAAGAAAGGUGUGAAGAAGGAUAAGAAGAAGAAGAAGAAGAAGAAGAAGAAGAAGAAGGAUAAGAAGAAGAAAGGGGUUAAGAAAGAUGUUCCUGUUGAAAGGGUACCCAAGGAUGAUGAGAGUCCUACGGAAGAUAGCAGUGAGUCGGAAGAGCUUGACUUCUGGAUUCCUCCGCUGGGUAGUAGGUGGGAUUUUGAUGAUGGAAAGGAUCGAUGGGGUUCUGAUACAGAGUCGGGUCAGGAUUCUGAUGAAGGUGUUGAAGUGGGCGAUGAUAUAGAAGAAGAUGAAAAGACUGGUUCAGAAUCUUCAGAACUCUCCAUGCGGACAAAGCGUAUGUCCAUAGAAGUUGGUCCCAGCAGCUUUGCAUCACGCAAGAAGAAGAGGAAGACCAAAUCGACUGAUCCAAAAGCUGAUUGAGAGGUAUGUCCAUCAUGGUAAACUAAACUUUGAAGUUGCUUGAUCAGAUUGCUGACGGACGGGAUAAAACAAGAUUAGGGUGGUCUAGUGUAAUCUACUUAGUUAAGCGACAUUCAUAGAAGAUAAAUAGAAGCAACUGAAAAGAAGUUUGUAAACAACCUUGAAGUAGAACCUAAUUUUGUAAUCAGUAAGUUGAUUUUUGAAUGAUAACUUUUUCACAAGAUGUUGAUAUUUUUGCUUACAGAGCCAUGAGAUAGCAUGCAGUCAGUUUAAUGUUUAUGCAAUGAUAUUCUUUUAUUUUGUUGUAAUAUACAUCAUUGUUUAUUUCGAACA